AAGGGAGAAGAAAACAAGAAGCAAUCGCCGACCACUCGGCAUCCAUCCCUCUUCUCUCCAAAUCGAGAAACCCUAAAAUCCCCCGAAUCACGCGAACUUCGCUUUCCGGCGAUGGGCGACGGCGACUCGGCGGCGGCGGAGGCGGAGCUGCGGCGGGGGUUCGAAACCCUAGAGGUGGUCCAGCCGGACGGGUCGGUGCCGGUCUGGCACAUCCGGCUGAACCGGCCGGCCGAGCGCAACGCCCUCCCGCUCUCCUUCUUCCUCCGCGACCUCCCCCGCGCCCUCUCCCUCCUCCGCCUCCUCCCCUCGCCGCCGCGCGCCCUCGUCCUCUCCGCCCUCGGCCCCCACUUCUGCUCCGGCCUCCACCUCCCCGCCCUCGCCGCCGCCGCCGCCCCCGCCGACGACGACCCAGCGGCCGCCGCCGCGGCGCUCCGGCGCCGCGUGCUGGCGAUGCAGGAGGCGAUAUCGGCGCUGGAGCGGUUCCCGGCGCCGGUGGUGGCGGCGGUGCAGGGCGGGUGCGUGGGCGCGGGGGUGGACCUGGCGGCGGCGUGCGACCUGCGGUUCUGCGAGGAGGAGGCGUUCUUCGCCGUGAAGGAGGUGGACCUGGCGCUGGCGGCGGACCUGGGCACGCUCCAGCGGCUCCCCGGCAUCGUGGGGUACGGCAACGCCGCCGACCUGGCCCUGACGGGGCGCAGGGUCUCCGCCGGCGAGGCGAAGGCGAUGGGCCUCGUCUCCAGGGUGUUCCCCACGCGCCACGCCCUCGACGAGGGGGUGAGCGACGUCGCCAGGGGGUUGGCGGAGAAGUCGAGCAUAGCGGUGAUGGGGACGAAGGCGGUGUUGGUUCGGAGCAGGGAUCUGACGGUGGAGCAGGGGCUGGACUACGUGGCGACGUGGAAUGCCGCCAUGCUCAUGUCGCCCGACCUCAAGGAGGCCGUCCAAGCCUACCUCCACAAGCGCAAGCCCCUCUUCAACCGCACCACCACCACAUCCAAGUCCAAGUCCAAGUCCAACCUCUAGUACUAGUGUGCUACCUCUCUAGUCUCUACCACCCAGUCACCCAGCCCACCACCACCACCACCACAAAAGCAUAAGCUGCAUUAUUUUAUGCAUAGUAAUAAUAAUAAUAUAGUAUACACCCCACCCAUUAUUAGUAUAAUUAAUGAAUAAUAACAAUAAUAACAACAAGAAUAAUUAAAUGUUAUUAUAUCUGUCUGUCUGUUUAUCUAUCUGUCUGUCUACUUUUAUAAAUAAAUGUGCUGCUGCUGCUGCUGCUGCUGCUCCUUGUGACA